CAACGCCGUGACAACUCACUACAUGUACGCAUAAGUCUCAAGGUACCAGGUCGCUCCUUCUUGCCACAACCCUUCGAUAACUCCUUGGGCAUCAACGAUGGCGGGCGUUUCAUCUACAGACCAUGAUCUAGAGGCCAGAUUUCAAAGGCUUACCAUCGAAAGCCUGGAGGGUCAGCAUCGUGACAUCCUCAAACGAGCGCUCUCGAACGUCCUGUCUACUGAAAUUGCCGAGUUUACUCUUGCCCAGAUUGUAGAUGGCCUUCCAAUACAUGACGUCCUUUACGACAGGUAUAACACGCAUGUCAUGGUCCAUGUCUAUGACCCGAUGCCUAUCCGGCACGAUAGGCUUUGCUACGGUGUCCUUGAGCGCUCUCGGCAGCUGUAUGCUGAGUUUGACCUCAAGAUUAUCAAACUCGACUCGAAAGCCGUUCAUGCAUACCAAACGGCGUCACCGGGUUCUAGAGCAUUCAAGACGCGGCUGAUCGAAUUGGUCGCAGUGGCUCUCCACCAGAUUGCAGUUUGGGUCUAUAAACAGAAUACCUCCCUGCACAAAGGCGAGCCACCCACUGGGCACCGGCCUCCACCAACAUACUUCUUGCACGAGUGGUAUCGUGACUAUGACCAGUAUCCCGACGGCAUCGCAGGUUGUGUUGGAUACUGGGUAGAAGCGCGCAUCCUUGGCGGCGUGAUCUUGUUCGACCGCCACUCGCUCGAGUCGCAUGAAGUGUACAUUCACCCUAACCGUGCCGAGGCAUCAUACCGAAUCUGCCGGCUACUCGAUGAACAGAAGCAGCAGCUUUUAGGGUUUCUCCUCCACAAUGGGCCAACGGCGCCAGCCCAUUGCCCGCUCCCUAUCUUGCCCACCCUCGACAAUGCGGACCGGGUGGAUCCUGAGGAGCCGAUUGCUGAGACGGGCAUCUAUCGCGAUAUAUGGGAGCGCAAGGAGAAGCCCGCUACCCCGGGUGACUAUCGCUUGAGGGACGUCAAAUGCCAUGAAGAUUGGGCAAACUUUGAGGAUAUGCGCGCUGCGGCUAGCCGCGCACGAGGCCGGCUGUACAGACAGUCCGUAGCGAGGAUGGCGGCUGAGGAGGCAAACGAGUCCAGAUGA